CCUCCCCCCGCCUACUUUAAGGGCCCCCGCCCAAGCAGGGUAUCCAGGCUGUGGAGGUGACAUGGCCAAGUUACACCUGCUGCCGUGGCUGCUGCUGCUCUCCACACUCUGUGGCCCAGGCGCUGCUGACCGGACCGCCUCAUCUCUGACUUGUGCCCGGGGCCCUGAGUUCUGGUGCCAAAGCCUGGAGCAAGCCUUGCAGUGUAGAGCGCUGGGGCACUGCCUACAGGAAGUCUGGGGUCACAUAAGAGCUGAUGACCUGUGCCAGGAAUGCGAGGACAUCGUCCGCAUCCUCACCAAGAUGACCAAGGAAGCCAUUUUACAGGACUCGAUACGGAAAUUCUUGGAGCGUGAGUGUGACGUUCUCCCCUUGAAGCUGCUCGUGCCCCAGUGCCAUCACAUGCUCGACACCUACUUCCCAGUGGUCAUCGACUAUUUCCAGAACCAGAUUAACCCAAAGGUCAUCUGCAAGUACCUGGGCCUGUGCAGACCUGAGCUCUCGGAGCCAGGGCAAGAGCCGGAGCUGUCAGACCCCUUGCUGGACAAGCUGACCCUCCCCGUGCUGCCCAGAGCCCUCCAGGCGAGGCCUGGGCCUCAUACACAGGACCUCAUGGAGCAGCGGUUCCCCAUCCCCCUCCCCUUCUGCUGGCUCUGCAGGAUGCUGAUCAAGAGAAUCCAAGCCGUGAUUCCCAAGGGUGUGCUGGCCAUGACCGUGGGCCAGGUGUGUCACAUUGUACCCCUGGUGGUGGGGGGCAUCUGCCAGUGCCUGGCCGAGCGCUACACCGUCCUCCUGCUGGACGCACUGCUGGGCCGCGUGCUGCCCCAGCUGGUCUGUGGCCUCGUCCUCCGCUGCUCCAACGAGGACGCUGCUGGCCCAGUCCUCACAGCUCUGGAGUCCCUGCCCGGAGAAUGGCUACCUGAAGAGUCCACAUGCCACCUCUGCAUGUUUGUAACCAGCCAGGCAGGGAACAGCAGUGGGCCGGCCAUGCUGCAGGCAAUACGCCAGGCCUGCCUCAGCUCCUGGCCGGACAGGCAAAAGUGUGAACAAUUUGUGGAGCAGCACAUGCCCCAGCUGCAGACCCUAGUGUCCAGGGGUGGGGAUGCCCACACCACCUGCCAGGUCCUGGGGGCGUGUGGGACUACGUCCAGUCCUCUCCAGUGCAUCCACGUUCCUCACUUCUGAUGAGAACUCAAAGCCAUGCCAGCAACCAGGGCUUCCAGGACCAGGAAGAGCUGGGUCUUCCAGCCUGUUGAAACAGGAAAAGCAACGGAUUGACAUAGAGGACCUGAGCUCUGAUCCCAACUCUGCCAUCAACUGGCCAUGGAUCCCCAGCCAAGAUAUGUUGCCCCCUCCCUGCCUCUCAUUCUCCUCAGAGGCAAAGGAAGAUCGAAUAAAGUGGUCUCUAGGAUUCUUGGGUUCUUGCAUGUGACAAGGCUCCUCCUCAGGCUCCCUGCCCCCUGCCCACACUGAGAAACACCCUUCACUCCCACAGUCACCUUCCCCACCUCCUUUCCUCAGAAAGACGUUAAGCUGGUGCACCACAAACCUGCAGCUUGUAACCUCAGUCCUGUGUCAGUCUUACCUGUCCUGUCUCUAGCCACGGCCCAAGCCAGUGCGACUUCCAUCCUCUCUGGGUGUGAGGUACAGCCAAGGCAGCAUCUUCUGAAGGAGGUCUGCAAGAGGGGGCCUCCGGCCUGGGAACUUCCGGCCAGACUUCACACUGCGCUGGAGCCAGUCCAGUUCCUACAACACCCAGGAGCUGGGUCCAGGGGAACCUAUCAGCCACACAGUCCCUCCCUGGCUCCCAGAUGACAACAGGGUAGAAGCUGGGGCCUGCCUCACUUGAUCUCCAUGUGGGCAAGAAUACUGGCUUUUACAAUUAUUUUGCUAAUACUUUCACAAAGUUCAAAUUCAGAAGAAUAAAAAAAAAUGGGAACAUAAAGUACCAUAAAAGAUGGA